AUGGCCGAACAGGACGCGCCGAUGUAUCCUCCUACCCCGAAACCUGUCAAGGGAGAGUCGCUGGAUGGUCACGAUGCUGUGUGGCCCGUACAUAUCGAAGUACGCGUCUUGCCCGACGCGAGCGUGCGGCUGGACACGGUCCGGAACGCCGUGCACGCCUUCGUCACCUCUUCGUACGAAACGCUGUUUCUGCCCUCCACGCUCGAAGGCUGGCAAGACGUCCCCCUGCUGUCGACCUCAAUCCACCGCAUCCGCGCCUGCGAGUCUCCCUGCCCAACAUCACCACUCCCCAUCGCACAAGCCGCGUUACAAGUGCACGUGUACCAGCCGACAGAGGCCGAUGCGUUUGAAGAGUUCUCGAGUGGGGGUGGAGAAGAGGGCGAGGAGGUGAUGGCUGCUGCGGUGCUCGAGCUGCCCAGUGUGCUGUUGGACGGGCUGUGGGAUAGCUUGAUCUUCCCGGACGAUACGAAGCAGAAGUUGCUAGAUUAUAUCUAUGCGACGGUGCUGUUCAGUGAUGCGGGCGUGGACUUUAAUGUAGUAUCCUGGAAUCGCGUAGUGCUUUUGCAUGGGCCGCCAGGGACGGGCAAGACAUCGUUAUGUCGCGCUCUCGCGCAGAAGCUCUCCAUAAGACUCUCGCAUAGGUAUCCGCAAACACGACUACUAGAAAUCAACUCUCACUCGCUCUUCUCCCGCUGGUUCUCCGAGUCCGGGAAGCUCGUUCAGAGGCUCUUCAGCAGCGUCAUGGAGCUGGUCGAGGACGAGCAUACGUUUGUCGUGGUCCUCAUAGACGAAGUCGAGUCGUUGACUGCUGCUCGCGCCGGAGCGAUGGCGGGCACAGAGCCAUCCGAUGCUUUGAGGGUGGUGAAUGCUCUUCUCACGCAACUGGACAAGCUACGGCACAAGAAGAACGUCCUUGUCGUCUCGACGAGCAACUUGGCGAAAGCCAUCGACUCGGCCUUCGUAGACCGCGCGGAUAUCGUGCAGUACAUCGACCUCCCACCACGAGAGGCCAUCUACGAGAUCCUGCGGACAUGCCUUGUAGAACUUGUACAGAAAGGCGUGAUCAGUGAUGUGGAAGUCCCGGUUCUGGAAGACGCCCUACGAUACGAAAGAAGCGCACCAUCCGCCGCUUCAAUCUCCACCGCAACAUUGAGCGAACGCGAACGCACGAAGCUCGUCGCAGUGCGUCUACUGGGGCUUUCGCAGAAGUGCAGGGACAUGAAAAUGUCCGGCCGCGCACUUCGGCGCUUACCCGUUCUCGCGCAUGCGCGAUACAUCGGCCACGCAUUCUCUGCCGUGCCGUCUACAGGAGGUGCGCCAGGUGCGGGUGGUAUGGCCAUACGCGUCGAAGUCUGGCUGUCGGCCAUGGAGCGCGUUCUGUACAACCACGCCGACGAAAUUGCUCGGUUCGAGAAAUGA